AUGCUUGGGAGUAGGUUAGUGUCUUAAAAUAAAUUAAAAUGCUUAUCAGGAUAUCUCCUAAAAGUGGAAGACAAUCAAAGACGAGGAUGUUAAUUAGCAGGAAAUGACAGAUAUAGACAGGAAGCUUAAACGGAAAAACGCAAUAGACUAAUUUAAUUCGUCGAUUAAAAGGAAGUCGCUCAUCAGAUAUCUGACUGUAGUUAUCGACUUCUCAAAUGCAUCCAAAAAGCAAGAGAUGAGACCUAACAGAGCUAUUGUCAUAAAAAGUUAUCUCUCAGUAAUCUUUUCUCUAUUAAUUCUCAAACAUUUGUUAGAACUUCAUCAUGGACUAUUUUGAUCAGAAUCCUUUAUCAUGCAUUAACUUCAUAGCAACAUUUAAAGAAAGAGCUAUCCUUCUCUCAGGAUUUAAUUGACAAGAUUUGCAGAUUUACAGAUUUUGAAGGCAAUGCUUCUCUACAGAAUUCUUUAGAGCUCUGCAUUGAGAAUUUCUAAACUGUUCCCUCUUAUGCAAAGAAGGAGAUUCUCAUAAUAUAUUGCAGCAUUACCAAUUGUGAUCCAGGCAAUGUAUUUGAGACUUUUGAUAAGCUUAAGAGUCAAAGCAUUUCAGCUUCAGUUAUAUCUCUUUCAUCCUCACUAUUUAUCCUCUAAAAGAGACUAUUGGUACCCAAGGAAACAUUGGAAGACCUUAUGUUUAGGAACCAACAAGAAAAUAUGCUUAUAAAAAUGGGAUUUCCAAUGAAGUAACUGCUUAAGAUGCCCACAUUUUGUUCUUGUCAUCAUGAAAUCAGAUUUCUAGUGUAUAACUGUCCUAAUUGUUUGGCGCCUUCUUGCGAAUUGUCAUCUUUUUGUAAAGUGUGUUCAAUUAUGCUGGUAAGUGCUGCACAUCUAUCUAGGACAGCUUAAAAUAAUCAAAGUUUGGCUAAUUUUACAACUUUAAAGGACUAUUUGAUCAUUUAGAAGACAAAUACAAAUGAAAGUUAAGCGAAUGAAAACUAAAUUAUCUAGUAAACUUCUUAGCCAGAUUAAUAAAUGACUGAUGAGAGCAAGUCCUAAUAAUAAAAAGGCUAAGAGGAAUAAAUACAUGACCAGGUUAAAUUAGGAGAGAUUGUUCAGAAUAAUAUGAAUAAAACAAUUGGUGAUAUUUUGACAAACAAUAGCUAGUAUCAUUGUAAUGGGUGUUCUAAGAAACUUGAUGCUACGUUUGAUAACCCAGAGAAUGUGGUUUGUACCAAAUGCAAAAAACUUUACUGUUUGGAUUGUGAUAUUUUUAUUCAUGAGACGCUUUUGAGUUGCCCGACCUGCCAAUUAUUAUAUUGA